AUGCUUACGCGUGUGGACCAACGAUUGCAGUACUUUACUCUAUUUGCCACUGUCGUUUUCCUCGCGUAUGCAUUGACGCCAGGACUUGGAAGUAUCAUUGGCAAUACACAGAUUCAAGUUGCUGGAAACCUACUGGAGUUUAAUCGAUUCACAGCCCCAGGUUUCUUUCUUGUAGUGCUCAACUUGGUGACGAUCGUUUUCAACAACCUGAUCUACGAUGACACAGUUUCGCGCGAUGACGCGCCAGAGUCUCCAAAGCUCACCAUAGCUGCAAUGGCUUCACCAACGAAAAGCUCGAACCCAGACGUGAAGGAGAAACGAACGGUUCUUGUUGAUGAUUCCGAUAAUAACACUAGCAAAGCUGUUGGAAACAAUACCGCACAAACUCUUCAGCAAGAAGGAAUGCCACGCAUUUUGUCGAAUCGAGCGGUGACUGUGGGUAUAAUGGUAUUUAUCUUUUUAAAUUUUAACGUACGCGGGAUCCUUUCCAUAUUUGAGACUGUAAAUGUGCCGCUCUUCCUCGAAAUGACGAAUCGAAAUACUACUGAGGAACAGGACUCGGUCAUGGCGACAAAGGAAGCAUCCACUUUUUAUUUCGCCGUUGGACUGUUUGGAUUAAUUUCAUACGCGUCUGUGCAGGUGUUGCGCAAGAGAAUCUCCGAUGUAUUUUGGCUGCUCUUUGGCUUUGCCAUGCUACUCGUCGGGAACGCAAUCUUACUCACUUUAUGUGCAGACAUGCACAUGAACAAUCAACGAAGCGAUGACAUUGACAAAGACCAUUCACAGCAGGAGUUCAAUAUCUUUGUGGCUGGUGAGAUUUUCGUUUGGAGCAUUGGUUGUCCACUUACAUCAGCUGUGGUCGUGUCGGCAUUCUCAAAAACGCUCGGCUCGCGACCACAAGGUCUAUUCAUGGGUGUGUUCGGUGCCGCGGCGUCAGUGGCUCGUAUGUCGCUGCCAUUCUUGCCAAGUCUGCUGGGGUCGUGGUCUUUACUCUUCCUCGUCAAUAUGGUGCUCUGUGCGAUCUGUAUUAUCGUGCUCUCAUUGUACCUCGGCUUUCUGUUUAGGCAAGGAACAAGUGCUGACGACCAGUCGACAGUGAUCUACGAUAGCGUUCAGCUUCACUCAGACGGUCGAGAGUGCGGCAGUGUAGCAGCUUGA